AUGUUUCGUGAAGAUGAGUUAGCAUCAGCCUCUGCGACUGGAAACACCGAGCGUGUUGGAAUUUUACUACAAACUGGAACUGAUGUCAAUGCUGUGAAUAGGUUUGGACGAACGCCACUUCAGGUGAUGAUGAUGGGGAGUACAGCUGUCGCACGCUUAUUACUCGAACAUGGGGCGAACCCCAAUGUUUCUGACAGCCACACCGGUGCUACACCCCUCCAUGACGCCGCAAGAGGGGGGUUUCUUGAGACGGUGGCCAUCCUAAUCCAGUACCAAGCCGACGUCAAUGCCAGGGACUAUAAUGACCGUCGACCCAUUGAUUUGGCCAGGACAAAUGGCCACCUGGACGUUGUUGCUUUUCUGGAAUCUUUGUAA